AUGGAUGACUUCUACGUGCGGUACUACGUCGGACACAAAGGCCGAUUCGGGCACGAGUUCCUCGAGUUCGAGUUUCGCCCGUGCGGCAAGCUUCGAUACGCGAACAACUCAAACUACAAGAAUGACACGUGCAUUCGUAAAGAGAUGACGGUGUCGCGCGAGAUGCUGAAUGAGGUGGCGCGAAUCAUCAAAGAGAGCGAAGUGAUGAAAGAGGACGAUCGAAAUUGGCCCGAGCCCGAUCGUGAGGGGCGACAGGAGUUGGAGAUUGUGUACGGAGACGAUCACACAUCCUUCACGACGUCAAAGAUUGGGUCGCUGUUGGACGUACAGAAUAGUAAAGAUCCGGACGGCUUUAGGAACUUUUAUUACCUGGUGCAAGAUUUGAAGUGCUUGGUGUUUUCGCUCAUCACGUUACACAUGAAGGUCAAGCCAAUCUGA